AUGCUGAAUCUUGAAGCUAAGUUAAAAACAAAAAGAAAGGUUCCUCUUUUAAAAAGAAUUCUCAUACCAAACACCUCACUUAGUAAUAUCAACUUCUUUUUCUCCUCCCGUCUCUGUAAUUAAAAAAUGUCUUUGAAGAAGAAGAUGAAACACUCACUCAAAACCAUAUUCAAGCCCAUUUUUCUGGCUUGCAGUUGCGGCUCUACUACCGUUCGGCCUUCAUGUCACAGCUACUACACCCCAGGACCACAAGUUUCUCCCACGGUGUUACGCAGCCCAUGCCCUACGAUUGACAAGAGCGUCGCAGUGGAUAAAGAAUCGAUCAACCCAUUCCAAGAUUACAAGAACUCAAUGAACCAGAUGAUUGACGAAAGAGAUAUCGAAACACAAGAUGAUCUUAAGGAUCUUCUUAGGUGUUUGGACAUAAACCCUCCUCCUCAUCACAAUCUCAUCGUACGUGCUUUUGUGGACGUGUGUUCACAUCUUCGGCCACCACACGACCGGCGUGGAAAGUCACUUGGAAGAUUGCUCCGUCUUUAUGUUACUCCUCUUUGAUAAUAAUGAAUCAUUAUUAAUGAUGGUUGAUUGAUACCACUAUUAGUGGGGAGAAACUGAUCGUCCUCAUGAUUAUAUGUUACACUAUUGUGAAUAAUUUAAUUUUACAUAAGAUUCUAUUUGUAUCCAUGUGUUAUGAUUCAACCACGGAAGACUAU